ACCAUUACAAGUUAUUCUUUAUCACAGACUAUUGAUGUUUUACAAAUUAGGAGUUUUUAAUUGCCUCGAAUUCAGAAUCUAGAUCCAGCAGGAACAGUUGUAUCUUGAAACAUUCCAGUGUCAAGAAGUAUGUAUAUCUAUUAUUUUUUUGUGCAUUAUAUCUCUAAAUGGUCCAUACUUAAUUACCAUUAUUUUACAGAAAAUGGAGUCCCUUGUUACAGUAAGUACCGAAAAUUUGAUUAUUUUCUCUGAGAACUCCACCAUGGCGUUUACUGAUGUACUAACAAGGACAAUCGGACCUCGAGCUAUGCAGCAAACUAUGUCUUUCAAUAAUAAAACUGUAGUGGAUAAAAUACCUCCGGAUAUGAUGUUCUUAAUCGAUCCACAUUGGUUACUUUCGAUUUCUCUAUAUUCCUAUACCAUUCGUGUUUACAAAGUAAAUCUCACUAAGCUCUGGAAUUACAGGUAUCAGUUUCCACCGCUAGAUCCAAUGUGGCACAAAAUUUUAGGCCUUGUAAUGAUUGUGUUAGGGUUUAUGGGAUGGUGUGGUAAUGGUGUUGUAGUAUAUGUAUUCUUGAUGACACCCUCCCUAAGAACACCGAGCAAUCUUCUAGUGGUAAAUUUGGCAUUUUCGGACUUUAUUAUGAUGAUUAUUAUGUCGCCUCAAAUGAUAAUUAACUGCUACUAUGAGACUUGGGUGUUAGGACCACUAAUGUGCGACAUACAUGCCAUGGUUGGUUCCUUAUGUGGAUGCGCUUCAAUAUGGACUAUGACUGCUAUUGCUUUGGACAGAUAUAAUGUUAUAGUAAAAGGUAUGGCGGGAAAGCCACUCACCAUCAAGAAAGCACUACUCGAAAUUUUAAUAAUCUGGCUUUUCGCUUCAAUAUGGACAAUUUUGCCCAUGGUGGGAUGGAAUAGAUAUGUACCAGAAGGUAAUAUGACCGCUUGUGGUACAGAUUAUCUUACCAAGGAUUGGAGUUCUAAAUCAUACAUCUUGGUAUACUCGAUAUUUGUAUAUUAUACACCGCUUCUUACUAUAAUUUACAGUUAUUAUUUUAUCGUUUCGGCAGUAGCUGCUCAUGAGAGAUCAAUGAGAGAACAAGCUAAGAAAAUGAAUGUUCAAUCUUUGCGAUCUGGAGAUAAUCAAAGUAUAAGUGCAGAAGCAAAACUGGCAAAGGUGGCACUAACAACUAUUUCUUUGUGGUUCAUGGCAUGGACGCCAUAUCUGGUUAUUAAUUAUGUCGGUAUUUUUGAUGCUGCUAAAAUUAGUCCUCUUUUCACCAUCUGGGGAUCUCUCUUUGCAAAGGCAAACGCUAUAUAUAAUCCUAUUGUUUAUGGAAUAAGUCAUCCAAAAUAUAGAGCGGCACUAAAGGAAAAAUUACCUUUCUUUGUAUGUGGCUCGACUGAGGACCCAUCUGUGGCUGCAAAAACUGCGGAAACAUCAUCUACUACAACUAUGUAAUUCCAAGAGAACAAUGUAUUGUAAUUUCUAAAUAUUGUGAUAUAUGUUUAGGGUGUGUUUCUCAAGGAAACGAAUCAAUAAUAUUGGACAUGUUA